AUCAAACACCUCCGUCUCCCAUAAUUCUCAAAACCCUAAAUUUCAUAUUUUCUUGAUUACAAUAUUAUUAUAGAGUGAUGAACUUGGGGAAGUUUAUUUUGGUUGCCCUAGCUCUAGCUCUGGUCCUUGUCCUGGUUGAGAGCUUUGAAUUUCAGGAGAAGGACUUGGCUUCUGAAGAGAGUAUGUGGGAUUUGUAUGAGAGGUGGAGGAGCCACCACACAAUCUCCCACGACCUUGGCGAGAAGCGAAAGCGCUUCAAUGUUUUCAAGGGGAACGUGAAGCAUGUGCACAAGGUGAACCAGAUGAGCAAACCCUACAAGCUCAAGCUGAACAAGUUUGCAGACAUGACGAACCAUGAGUUUGCGAGCUCCUAUGCUGGCUCGAAGGUUAGCCACUAUAGAUCACUGCAUGGCAGCAGAAGGGCUACUGGCUUCACACAUGGGAUGACCGACGAUCUUCCGGCAAGUGUUGAUUGGAGGAAGAGUGGAGCUGUCACUGGAGUUAAAGACCAAGGCAAAUGUGGUAGCUGCUGGGCAUUUUCAACUGUAGUUGCAGUGGAGGGCAUCAAUCAGAUCAAAACAAAGCAGCUAGUUUCUCUGUCUGAGCAAGAGCUGGUUGAUUGCAACAGAGAUCCAAACGAAGGGUGCGAAGGUGGAUUGAUGGAAAAAGCAUUUGAGUUCAUCAAGAAAAAUUGUGGAAUAACAACGGAGCAAAACUACCCUUACAGAGCCAGUGAUAAUCCUUGUGACUCAUCCAAGAUGAUGAAUUCUCCUCUGGUGCAAAUCGAUGGUUAUGAAAACGUACCUGAAAACGAUGAGAAUGCCUUGAUGAAAGCUGUUGCAAACCAACCUGUGUCAGUUGCACUUGAUGCUGGUGGUAAAGACUUCCAAUUCUACGCGGAGGGUGUGAUGAAUGGAGACUGUGGAACAGAACUGAAUCAUGGAGUGGCAGUAGUGGGAUAUGGAGAGACUCAAGAUGGAACCAAGUACUGGAUUGUGAAGAAUUCAUGGGGAGUUGAAUGGGGAGAGAAAGGUUACUUGAGGAUUCAACGAGGAGUUGAUAAAGAAGGAGGGAUGUGUGGAAUUGCUUUGGAGCCCUCUUACCCUAUGAAAUCAUCACCAAACAACACCAGAAGAAGCUCAUUCAAGGAUGAAUUUUGAUGAUGCCAGUAUAUAUAUACGUACACACGCAUAUCUAUAUAAUAUAUAUAGUUUAAUUGGUAAUUUUAAAUUUCAUUGCCAGUUUAGUAGGCUUUGUCAUAAAUAAAAAAAAAUAAAAAAUAAAAAAAAUAAAAAGAGAGGUAUAAAAUCUUAUAAGAUAUGUUAUAGUGUGUGCGUUUGUGUUGUACUGUAUUUACCUUUUAUUUAGAUGAAAAUAAAUGUUUGUUG